AUGUUUGAAUUUGUUAUGGAUCAAUAUGCUACUCUCUCUGCAUUAUUUAUUUUUGCAUCACCUGCUGUAUGGAAUACCCUUGCUCAUAUAGAAUAUUUCACACAUAAGAUUUCACAAUUGUUCCAUGGAAAUAAAGAAAAUGGAUUUAGAUUUGUUAUGUGUAUUAUUAUUAGUAUGCAAAUCAUCAGAAAUAUAUUUUUCUAUAUUGCAUGUACCAGUGCUGUUCCAAUGAUUCCAGCUAUUGAUUCAUUCCUUAGUUCUAUUCCAACUUUAGUUAAUAUUGUUGCUAUUCCUAUUCA